GCCGCAUUUCGUUGACGAACCUCAUCACAAUCUACUUCGUCCCCAUCGACGACGGCCAUGGCCAGUACACUACUGCGGCGGCAGCUUGCGUUGCCGAGCCGCUCCAUUUUGCGCUCAUUUUCUUCCUCAGUCGCUCGUCGCCAGACCAAUGGAGGAAAUAAUUUGUAUGAGACUCAUACUGUGGAAGACUUGCAUGGGCUGAGCGCGGCAGACAUUUUGAAAGAGACGGGAACCAGAGCUGACACGAAGAUGCGGCAUUUUACAGUGAACUUCGGUCCUCAACAUCCCGCUGCUCACGGUGUGCUGCGAAUGAUUUUGGAAUUGAACGGGGAGGAAAUUCUCCGCGCUGAUCCCCAUGUCGGCCUCCUCCACCGUGGAACUGAGAAGCUGAUUGAGUAUAAGACAUACGUCCAAGCUCUUCCCUACUUCGAUCGACUCGACUAUGUUUCCAUGAUGACCAACGAACUUUGCUACUCGCUCGCGGUCGAAAAGCUACUUAACAUCGAGGUUCCCGAACGUGCCAAGUGGAUCCGUACCUUGUUUGGCGAAAUCACGCGUAUCCUUAGUCAUUUGAUGGCCGUCUUGUCUCAUGCUAUGGACGUUGGUGCCCUCACCCCUUUCUUGUGGGGCUUCGAAGAGCGCGAAAAGCUCAUGGAAUUCUACGAGCGUGUUUCCGGUGCUCGGCUUCAUGCUGCCUACGUCCGUCCUGGUGGUGUCGCGUUUGACAUUCCGCAUGGACUGUUGGAGGAUAUACACAUAUGGGCAACACAAUUCUCUUCUCGUGUCGACGAAAUCGAGGAAGUCGUGACAGGCAACAGAAUAUGGAAGCAACGAACUGUUGGCAUUGGUGUGGUGACUGCCAAGGAAGCCCUGGAUUACAGCUUCACGGGUGUCAUGCUGCGAGGCAGUGGUAUUCCCUGGGAUUUAAGAAAAAUUCACCCUUAUGACAAAUAUGAUGAGGUUGAAUUCGACGUUCCAGUUGGAAAGAAUGGCGAUUGUUAUGACCGGUACCUUUGCAGAGUUCAGGAGUUCCGCGAGUCCCUACGCAUCAUCCAACAGUGUUUGAACAAAAUGCCGACGGGCGUCGUUAAAGUAGAUGACAACAAGCUCGUUCCGCCACCUCGUGCUUCGAUGAAAGAAAGCAUGGAGGCGCUCAUUCAUCACUUCAAGCUUUUUAGCGAAGGCUAUUCAGUGCCCCCAGGUGAGACUUACAGCGCCAUUGAAGCUCCUAAAGGAGAGAUGGCCGUCUACCUCGUCUCGGAUGGUACAAAUCGCCCAUACCGAUGCAAAAUCCGUGCUCCCGGCUUUGCCCAUCUUGCAGGUUCAGACUUUAUGAUGAGACAUCACAUGCUUGCUGACGCUGUGGCCAUCAUUGGUACUAUGGAUCUUGUGUUUGGCGAGGUUGAUCGAUAGACAGCGCCUAGAUGUAUACCAUGGUUCCUUUAAUAUAUUGUGAUAUUAUUCGUCUACAUCGAUGAAUAUCGAAGCAAUGCAUCAUUUGACCGA